AUGGACCGAAUUCUUCUGAACCGAUGCAAGGCAGGGGACACCAGCCUACCAAACGCGCCCAUUGCCUCCAGCAGCACUUGCGCGUGUUCUAUUUCAUCAAGAAUAUUUCCAAAAAUAUGCAAAAAAAUUCUCUUCUUCCUCCUCUCUUUCUUCCACCUCGUGCCUCAGCUCCUGCCCCGCCCCUGCCCCGGCCGCCCCAGCUCCGGCCGCCCCCCGCCCACCACGGCCGCGCACACUGCGCCCCGCCGCCGCCUCGCCUUCGCCCCCGCCGCCGGCCCCGCCCGCCAUGGCCGCCCGCUCCCGCUCCGCCUCGGCCGCCCCCCGCCCGCCACGGCAACCAGCGCGCAAGCCACGGCCGGCUGCGCCCGCACCGGCUGCGCCGCUCCCGCCCCGGCCGCGCGCCGCCACGGCCGGCCGCGCCGGCACCAGCUGCGCCGCGCCCGCCCCGGCUACCCCCGCCCGCCACGGCCGCGCGCGAGCCACGGCCGGCCACGCCCGCACCGGCUGUGCCCGCUCCGCCACGGCCGCCGCCGGCCCUGGCCGCGCCCGCUCCGGCUGCCCCCCACGCUGGCCGCGCCCGCUCCCGCUCCGGAUGCCCGCCAUGGCCGCGCCCGCUCCAGUGGGCAGAAGCAGUUGCUAGCUGAAAUUUCAGCCCGCCAAGGGUGA